AUGAUCAAUAGCAAUAAUCACAGUGAUUAUUCUGAUAAAAUGCAAAAAUGUCAAGAUUAUAUCCAUGCUUUACAAGAAGAGCAUAAAAAGAUUCAAGUUUUCCAACGUGAACUCCCCCUUUGCCUUGAGCUUGUCACUCGAGCAAUUGAGGCAUGCAAGCAGCAAUUAUCUGGUACAAGUACUGAGUAUAAUUUACAUGGGGAAUCUGAGUGUUCUGAGCAAAUAUCAAGUGAAGGGCCAAUCUUGGAGGAGUUUAUUCCUAUAAAGAGAGCUUUAUCCACUUCUGAUUAUGAUGAUGAAGAAAAAUCCCAAAAGCCAAAUAAUAAGAAUAGCAAGAAUACUGAUGAGAAAUCUUCCAAGAAAUCAGAUUGGCUUAGAUCUGUUGGGCUUUGGAACCAAACCCCAGAUCCAACCCCGGAAGAGGUUGAUGGGCUCACUAAUGAUGAAGUAAAAAGUCAUUUACAGAAAUAUCGGUUGCACACAAGAAGAUCGCCAAACCACUCAAUACACGGUAACAAUAAUCCACAGCAACCCCAGUUUGUUGUGGUGGGAGGAAUAUGGGUGCCACCACCAGAAUAUGCUGCAAUGGCUACAACCAGCGCGUCUGGGGAGGCGUCUGGUGUUUCAACCACAUCUAAUAGAAUCUACACGCCAAUUGCUAAACUACCACCACCCUUCCCAGGAGCAUCAACAUCCCCUAAACAGAGGCAGCAACAUUCUGAUGACCGAGGUAGCCAUAGUGAAGGUGGAGAUUUUCACUCUCAUUCCCCGGCCGGCUCCUGUUCCACUCAUACUACCAAUACCUUGUCGACUCACUGA